AUGGGCUCACAAUUUUCUUUCGCAGGUGACGCUAAGAAGGGUGCCAACCUCUUCAAAACGAGAUGCGCGCAGUGCCACACCGUCGUUGAGUCGGAAGGCAACAAGAUCGGGCCAAACCUACACGGUCUCUUCGGUCGCCACACUGGUUCCGUUGAGGGCUUCUCCUACACAGAUGCCAACAAGCAAAAGAACAUCGAAUGGAACGAGAACACUUUGUUCGAGUAUCUUGAGAACCCUAAGAAGUACAUUCCUGGUACCAAGAUGGCCUUCGGUGGUCUCAAGAAGGGCAAGGACCGAAAUGACCUGAUCACCUGGUUGCGCGAGGAGACCAAGAAAUAA